GUUCAAGCAGAACAGCCCCUCUUGACAUCAGAGAACCCCGCCAUACAUGAGAGGUAAAUGUGCGAGGGACACUGCAACUCAAACUUACAUUGACAGGCAAGAGUUUUUCCCCUUCUCCUCUUCUGCUGCAAACCACAUCUUGCUCCUCCUCUUACUGCUGCUGUGACCAUCAAGGUAUCACACUGAACCCGCAGCUGCACCCACCCAUCCACCCAAUCCGCGAAGCACUAAUACAAAGCUUCCACCAUGUCCGACACUGCAGGAAAGACCAUCACUUGCAAAGCCGCUGUAGCAUGGGAGGCGGGCAAGGACCUCGUGGUCGAGGACAUCGAGGUUCUGCCUCCACGAGCUCAUGAAGUCCGCAUACAAGUCUACUACACUGGUGUGUGCCACACAGAUGCGUACAUGCUGAGCGGAAAGGACCCCGAGGGUGCUUUCCCAGUCAUUGCAGGACAUGAGGGCGCUGGUAUCGUCGAGAGCGUCGGCGAGGGUGUCACCAACGUGAAGGUUGGCGACACUGUCGUUGCCCUGUACACGCCAGAAUGCAAAGAGUGCAAAUUCUGCAAAUCCGGCAAGACCAACCUCUGCGGCAAGAUUCGCGCAACUCAAGGAAAGGGUGUCAUGCCUGACGGCACUUCACGCUUCAAGUGCAAGGGCAAGGACCUCCUCCACUUCAUGGGCUGCUCCACCUUCUCGCAAUACACCGUGCUCGCUGACAUCUCCGUCGUCGCUGUGACGCCAGAUGCGCCAAUGGACAGGACAUGCUUGUUGGGCUGCGGUAUCACAACCGGCUACGGUGCAGCUGUUAUCACAGCAGGACGCGGAGGUGUAGAGAAGGGUUCCAACGUUGCAAUCUUCGGUGCUGGAUGUGUUGGUCUCUCCGUCAUCCAGGGUGCCGUAAAGCAGGGCUCCUCUAAGAUCAUUGUCGUCGAUGUCAACGAUGCGAAGAAGGAAUGGGCAAAGAAGUUCGGUGCUACUGACUUCGUGAACCCAGCCAAGGAUCUCAAGGAGGGCGAGAACAUCCAGAGCAGACUCAUUGAUAUGACCGAUGGCGGAUGCGAUUACACAUUCGACUGCACAGGAAACGUUCACGUCAUGAGAUCAGCGCUCGAGGCCUGCCACAAAGGCUGGGGUGAGAGCAUUAUUAUUGGUGUCGCUGCUGCCGGACAGGAGAUUUCCACAAGACCAUUCCAACUCGUCACUGGCCGUGUAUGGAAAGGAUGCGCUUUCGGUGGUGUCAAGGGCCGCAGCCAAAUGGGUCAACUCGUGCAAGAUUACAUGGACAACAAGCUCAAGGUCGACGAAUUCAUCACACACCGACAGCCACUCGGCGGCAUCAACGAGGCUUUCCACGACAUGCACGCCGGAGACUGCAUUCGCUGCGUCGUGGACAUGCGCAAGGUUUAAACAAUGUUAGAUUUGGGAAAUGAAAAAACAACUUGUGAAUAGUGAAGUUAGCGUUGCUGCAACCAAAUUGUGAAGCUAUAGGUGUAAAAUGACUUUCACAUCCAUACUGGAACUUCCGGUUCUUCCUGCCUCCGCACCUCUCUCUA